AGGUUGCCUAACAUUGGCAACACUUGCUUCCUUAACGCCACCCUGCAGUGCCUCCUGGUCCUGCCGUCCUUCUCAAAGGAAAUCCUGCACCAGGAACAACUCUGGAGCUCCUCCCCCUUCUCCAACCUGCUCAGGUGUCUGUCUGAUGUGCACCGUUUGAGUCUACCUGACAGUGUGGCAAACCAGGCCUCAAAAGCAGACCUCAUGUGGAAGGUCAAGUACUCCUUGUCGGGAUACGAUUUGAAGUAUCUGGGGGACACGCAACAGGACGCACACGAGUUACUAGUGAACAUGCUGUGCCAGCUGAAGGAGGAGGGCAUGAUACUGAAGACACUCGGGGUGAACUAUUCCUGCCCUGUUUCUCAGCUGGAGUUCCAGCUUGUGUCGGUGCGCACAUGUACCAGCUGUGGGCGCGAGUCGUCCACCAGAGAGGACUACAACCACCUCUCAUUGGACUUCAGCCCUGAGCGCACCUUGCUGAGCAGCCUAGCACUCACUUUCAAAGGUGAAAAGGUUGAAUUCACAUGUGAGGGCUGUAAAGGCCUCCACGCCUUAAAGGUGGAGCAGUUCCACACACUGCCUCUUGUGCUGGUUCUGCAUCUGAAGAGGUUUGGAGGACCUGGGGAGUUGGAGAAGCUGGAGGCUCCUCUUUUGUUUCCUUCGGAGCUGAGGCUCUCCACCCUCUUUGGGGACAUGGUGCCACACCUGCACAGUGCCAGCCCACAGGCCCUCACCAACCAGGCCCCCAGCAUCCAGGGGUCCAUCCCCCAGACCCUCGCCAGCCAAGUCUCCAGUCCUCCUGGAGAGGCCAAAUACAGCGCCCUCUGCUGUUCAGAAGCAGCAGCCAGUGCAGUCAGUGAAUGGUUACUACCAGCUGACUGGCGUAGUCUCUCAUCUGGGAGGCUCCGCAAACUCCGGGCACUACAUUAGUGACAUCUUGCAUGCCAGUGGAAACUGGUUCUGCUGUAACGACAGCCAGGUGUCAAUGUCCAAUGAAGCCACUGUGCUGAGGACCAGAGCCCGGAGUGCCUACAUGCUCUUCUAUAUGUUCAGGUACUGCUUACGCUCGCCAUCUAUAUUCUUGUGUUGCUAUUUAUGUGUACGGUUCCUUUCACCCUACAGGGCAAGAGAGCGGGAGGCCCCAGCACACAUGGCCUAACAGGGGCACCAGCAUCAGCCCCAGCCUAAGCAGGGGCAGCACCUGGACAGCCUCCAAAAACUCAGACCUGCCUCAACAGUGGUAGUACCAGGCCCAGUCUCAAAACCCCCAACCCAGCCUCAACACUCACACACCUGACUCGAAAGGGGAAGCACUGGGCCCGACAUCAACAACCCCGAGCCCAGUCUCAACAUGGGAUAAACCAGGCCCAGUCUCAACAUGGGAAGAACCAGGCCCAGCCUCAACAUGGGCAGAAUAAGACCCAGCCCCAACAACCUCAGACCUGCCUCAACAGGAAGCUUUAUCGUCUGGGAUUCAGGCCGGUCCUAAUAGGAAACGUGACAGAGGGAAGCAGCUGGGCAGCUGUAAUGGCGACUUCUAACACUCAAUCAGGUCUGGAGGAGGAAUACCGCAAAAAGAUUCAGAGAUGCUUUGAGUAUCUUUUGAAGUUACUCUCCAGUUGUAUUCCAUUUGAAUAAAUACAGACAUGAAAAUGCUGGGCUACGGAUGUAACCUUGGUUCUGUCAGUAGAGUAACGGGUCGCCAAACAACCUUUGGGAACUCCUUCCCUUUCACGUGAUAUGACUGAGAUGCUUAAUAUCAACGAUGUUUACAAUGACGCCACACCCUUACUGUACCAUUGUGACCUGUCACUAUAAAAGGCGGUGUGACGUGA